AUGGGUCGCAUCAACGGCAACUUGAAGUCGCGAAAGCAAGAAACUAUCCACAAUGCGCAACCAAAGCAAGCACUUUACAGCCCGCGAGACUCCGAGCAAGUCGCGAUCACGAUUCUGAUCAUUUGGUUGAUCGAACAUGGACAAGCAACGCGAUCUAACUUUUUCGAGAACUUAGGCGACUCCUGCACCAUAGCUGCUUUCGUUUCGUCGGAAAUAGAAUGUUGAAAGCUGCUAAAUACACAUGGCGAGACCUGAUCAAACCAAGACCCGGCCGCAAGGCCUCGCAAUGCGAAAAAUUCGAGUGGAAACCAUCGUCAACCAUCUUUCUCCAAGAAGACUCCAACGAUCCCGGCCUCAAGCGGAUUCUCGCCCAUACGAAGGACAUGCUCAAGAUGGUUGAAGACGGAGACUUAGUCAAGAUCUACAUCUGUUUGUUCGACAAGAAGACCGAUAUAUCCAAUCCAGCCAACCUGGUAGAAGUGUUUACUCUUCAGGUGCGGUAUGAACCGGAUAUGUCCACAGCAGUCACCUUAUCGUGGGCUGGCUUGACGCCGUUGUCAUCGACGUCCUCAGUAAAACCCAAAAGCAACGGGGAGCUCACCAUCGAGGAGUUUUUGCAGCAUCUCCAGCCUGUUAACAAAAAGGUAUACACCCUUAUGAAGCACCAAAUCAAGGAGUCCAAGCGAGCCAAAUGGGAAUCCUACAGCAAGAAAAGCAACUUUGACCUGCUGUCUGCAAAAAAGCUGCUUUCAAAUAUGCCAGAAUGCAUAAAUUGGACUGAAUGUGUCACGAUGAGAAUUCCUGCGCGCGAAUCGCCAAGUCAAGACAGCCACGAAGAGGGACAGAGUGUUGACGUCGAAGUUGAGAAGCCGACAUCGCCGCUAGAGAUCUUGAGCCACGGCCGAAAACGGCGAGUUGAUCUCUCCAAUGACGAGGAUGAGACACUCCGAAAUCCUCCAGCCAAGGUUCGAAUUGAUUGGACCGAGGGCAGCGAAGGCUCAUGGAACAUAGAUGGGGCUUCGGACAACUCUUCAGUGCGGAACAGACGACUCGAAACAUCGCCAGUUGCCCGAGCAAGUCAGCGGCUGCGAUUUGAAGCCGAGAGAUAG